CUUCCACACGCACGCAUUGGGAACCACAUGGUGGCGAAUUGCGUCCAUACAAACUGAAGUUCUCAAGUAAUCACAUAUGUUUUCUUAAUAGUUGCCGUCUAAUACGAUACAAUGUCGCAAUUACAAGCGAGAUUCUUCACCGAAAACAAAAAGUAUCUGAUAGAUGAUGUUCCCUUCUCCAUCCCUGCCGCCUCCGAGGUAACAGAUCUCAGUGGGAUCAUCAACAAACUCCUCGAAGCUAAGCAUGGUGCCGGACACAAACAUGUUGAGUUUGACUUUCUGGUUCGAGCGCAGUUUCUUCGCACCUCACUGGCCAAUCACAUGGAGACGGAGAACAUCUCAACGGAGGAAGUAGUGGAGAUCGAGUAUGUAGAGAAGUUCACAGCCCCGCAGCCGGAAGAGUGCAUCAUGCAUGAUGACUGGAUCAGCUCUGUCCAGGCAGAUUCAGAGUGGAUUCUUACAGGCUCUUACGAUAAGACUGCUCGGAUCUGGUCUAUGGAGGGGAAGGCGGUGAUGACCGUGGCCGGACACACUGAUGUUGUGAAGGAUGUUGCCUGGGUGAAGAGAGAUGGUCUGAACUCCGUUUUUCUGACGUCAUCUCUGGAUCAAACCGUCUUGCUGUGGGAGUGGAAUUCCGAACGGAAUAAAGUGAAAGCCCGGCACUGUUGCCGUGGACACGCGGGAAGUGUAGACACGAUCGCCGUCGAUCCCACCAGGACAAAAUUUUGCAGUGGCUCAUGGGAUAAAAUGCUUAAAAUUUGGUCAGCAGUAUUGACAGAAGAAGAGGAUGAGAUGGAGGAACCUAACAGACCUCGCAAAAAACAAAAGACAGAGCAGAUGGGACUCACGCGGACUCCUCUCAUGACUCUCUCGGGUCACAAUGAGGCAGUGUCCUCUGUGCUGUGGAUGGAUGAGGAGCUGUGCAGUGCAUCAUGGGAUCACACCAUCCGUUUUUGGGAUGCAGAGACUGGUGCACAGAAGAGCACAUUAACGGGCAGUAAAGUUUUUAACUGCAUCUCAUACUCUCCGCUGUGUCGGCGUUUGGCCUCUGGCAGCACUGACAGACAUGUACGUCUGUGGGACCCGAGAUCUAAAGAUGGAUCUCUAGUUCUCCUCUCUCUAACAUCCCAUAAUGGUUGGGUGACUACGGUCCGGUGGUCUCCUUCCAAUGAGCAGCAGCUGGUGUCAGGAUCUCUGGACAACAUGGUGAAACUGUGGGACAUCAGGAGUUAUAAAGCACCGCUCUAUGACCUUGCUGCUCAUGAAGACAAAGUUUUGUGUGCGGACUGGACAGAGAAUGAGUUGAUUUUGAGCGGUGGAGCAGAUAACAAACUCUACACAUACAAAUACUCAGCCUGUGUUUCUGAUGCUGGAGCAUAGACACCAUUCUCCGUUUCCAUGCCUACAGUCGUUAUUUUACAUCAGCAUCACCAUUGAUCACCACAAGCUCAACAUUUAUUUGGCUUGAAAACACGAAAAUAUAUUUUCACUGUAAAACCAAUUCAUUCAAUCCUCAUUCAUCAACAAAAGCAGAAAAAAUGUACACACUAUUAUGUAAUUGUCAGUUUUUUGUUUGGUUACAUAAAUGAAAUGCAUAGUUUUAUGCUUUUGUUUGAUUAUAUUUACAGUGGUAAUAUACUGAUAUAAUUCUUGUGUCUGAUUUUACUGUGGUGGCUUUUCAUAUGCAACAAUAUUCCCACAUGAAAAUACACUGUACUAUACUUAAGUGGUUACUAUGGCAAAUAAAGUAUACUUUAGUGUAUUGUAGUAGUUUACAUUUUGAUAAUGUAUACCAUAGUUAUCUGUAUAAAUAAAUUGUGGUGAUAUUGUAAUACUUAAAUAUGUGCAAUGCUGUCCAGUAAUUUUACUUCAGUGUACCUUCAUGGUAAAAACUCAAGUAUACUAUAGUAUUUUUCAUGCGGCUGCAUCUCUUAAAUGGUUUCUUAAAGUUGGUUAGUUGUGGGAAAUUGGUCAACUACCCUGUUGUUUUAUUAAAACAAAUCAAUAUGGAUUAUAUACAGUGUUUAGAAGAUCAUGCAUACUGUAGGUUUUGUACAGAUUAGGGUUAUUAAUAACUAGGCAAUAAGACCCCAUUGUCUUGAACCACUGACUCCUGGGCUCUAUGGUCAUAUA